AAACUGGACUACGGGGGUAAACCUGGCUUUACUCAAAUCUCACAGUUGUUCAGUCGAUUCCCGGCAACUCCAUCUGUGCCAGUUCUGUGCCGCUCCGCCGUGGUUUCCACCGGCGUUCGUGUUCGACUUCUCCGGCGACUUCUCCAACCCAAGUUUUGUGCUUUUGCCUUCUGAUCCAUAUCUUUUCUUUGUGUCUUCCUCUCCUCUCUGCAACAUUGGAUGUUUUAUACAGCUCGCUCUGCAUUACUGGCUGCAUAUAUAGCUUGUGAAGAUGGUAUUAUCAUAUCCAUAAUCCGACUUUUCUAGAAUUGGGAAAUGCCCGAAAUAACAAACAUAGCAAAAGAAACAUUUGAAAAUGGGACAGAUUCAUCUCAGGAUGACACUGGCACUGUUGAGGAAAUGCCUGAGGAUACAAUCUUACAACGACAAACGUCUGUGAACCUUAUUCCUUUCAUUGGUCAGAGGUUUGUAUCACAGGACGCUGCAUAUGAAUUUUACUGUAGCUUUGGAAAGCAAUGCGGCUUCUCAAUUAGACGUCAUCGUACUCGGGGGAAGGAUGGAGUUGGUAGGGGCAUUACAAGAAGGGAUUUUACAUGCCAUCGUGGUGGCUAUCCACAACUAAAGCCUUCAGACGAUGGCAAGCUGCAAAGGAAUCGAAAAUCAUCACGUUGUGGGUGCCAGGCAUUCAUGAGAAUUGUUAAAAGAGCAGAUCAUAAUGUCCCUGAAUGGCGGAUUACAGGUUUCAGCAAUGUUCAUAACCAUGAACUUUUAAAGUCAACUGAGAUGCAGCUUAUUCCUGCCUACUGCACCAUGUCUCCUGAUGACAAGAGUCGCAUUUGCAUGUUUGUGAAAGCUGGGAUGUCAGUUCGGCAAAUGCUGAGGUUGAUGGAGCUAGAGAAGGGAGUUAAGUUGGGUUGUUUACCCUUCACAGAGGUCGAUGUCAGACACUUCCUACAAUCUUUUAGAAAUGUGGACCAGGAUAAUGACCCUAUUGACCUUCUCAAAAUGUGCAAGGAGAUGAAAGACAAAGACCUGAAAUUCAAAUACGACUACAAGAUAGAUUGUAAUAACAGGUUGGAGCAUAUUGCCUGGUCUUAUGCUUCAUCAAUGAGGUUAUACGAGUAUUUUGGUGAUGCCAUAGUAUUUGACACUACUCACCGCUUGGAUGCCUAUGAUAUGCUUCUUGGGAUAUGGAUUGGAGUGGAUAACCAUGGGAGUCAUUGUUUCUUUGGUUGUAUACUUCUUCGGGAUGAAAAUAUGCGGUCGUUCUCCUGGGCAUUGAAGACAUUCUUGGGCUUCAUGAAUGGCAAGACUCCAGCAACCAUGUUGACUGAUCAAAACUUGUGGCUCAAAGAAGCCAUUGCCACUGAAAUGCCAAGAGUAAAACAUGCAUUUUGCAUUUGGAAUAUAACUUCGAGGUUUUCAGAAUGGUUUUCGACACUUCUUGGAUCCCAAUAUGAUAAUUGGAAGGCUGAGUUCCAUCGCCUCUACAAUUUACAUUCGAUUGAGGAAUACGAAGUGGGAUGGAAUGAGAUGAUCGAAACCUACCAGCUGGAUGGAAAUAAACACAUUGCCAGUUUAUAUGCUUUACGUUCAUACUGGGCACUGCCCUUUUUGAGAUCUUUCUUUUUUGCUGGAAUGACGAGUACAUUUCAGUCGGAGACUAUAAAUACUUUUAUACAGAGGUUUUUGAGUGCUCAAUCUAUACUUGGUAAUUUUGUGGAGCAGGUUGUUCGUGUUGUAGAUGCUAAAGAUCAAGCAGGAGCAAAACAUAAAGUACAGAGAAUUGUUCAAAAGGUUCCCUUGAAAACAGGUUCACCAAUAGAAUCUCAUGCUGCUAAUGUUCUUACACCAUUUGCCUUCUCAAAACUACAAGAGGAGCUUGUUUUUGCACCACAAUAUGCAUCACUGAUGGUAGAUGAAAGUUAUUUCGUCGUGAGACACCAUAAGGAAAUGGGAAGGGGUUACAAAGUACUCUGGAUUCCGCAUGAUGAGUUCAUUAGCUGUAGCUGCCAUAACUUUGAGUUUACUGGUAUUCUCUGCAGGCAUGUGCUUCGUGUUCUAUCAACAAAUAAUUGUUUUCACAUUCCAGACCGAUAUCUGCCCAUGCGCUGGCGUGAGUUUACAUCCUCUGUGGCUAAGCCCACACUCUUAUCCCUACCAAGUGAUCAUUUGGGAAAAGUUCAGUUAUUGCAGUCCAUGAUUUCAACACUGAUUAAUGAAUCAGUUGAAACCGAAGAACGCCUCAAUGUUGUUUGUGAUGAAGUUUCUACAGUUUUAUCUCGCAUUAAGGGGUUACCUACAGCAUCCAAUUCGGGUAAUGCUAUUGCAUAUGAGAGCCCAUCAAACUCGCUGAUUCUUGCAGAGGUUGAGGAUUCUGAAGGCAUUGGUCAAAGCUUCACUUGCAGCCCUCACGAGUGUAUAAAUUUGGCAAAGUUAAAAGAGAGAGGAUCCAGAGAUGGACUGGAUUUUUAUGGAAAGAGGAGACGUUUCUCCAUUCCAUGUUGUGGACAGUAUGGCCAUGAUGCAAAUGAUUGUCCAAUGAUGGAAGGUGAAGAUUUGAAUGGAGAUAGACUUGGCUUUUUAUAGCAGGAAUGUUGUGAAAUGGAGCUAGGCGCUUUGAAUGAAGUAGGGAAAUAUAUACCAUUCCUUCUGUUCAUAACCGACAGUUUCUCCUCUCUUAAUGCAAAUGCUUUAUACCUUUAAACUUUCGCGACCCAAACAAUCGACUCUUAAUAUGCUGGAAUACCACUUUCUGACCUACAUUCUUUUUUUGUAACAAAUGAAGGUCCUCCUUUCAGGGAUCAAAGAAGGAGCGUUCUUAUUUCUGUUCUACCAAUCUCAACUCCUAAAAGAAGAGGAAAAAGAAGCAUUUAUGAUAUAGCACUAUGAUUCGCAUGCCUCAAGGGGAAAACAGAGCGAGGUUAGAUGAUAUAAUAUUGAUAUUUAGUUAAAAUCCAAUUGCUGCUAGAUACAUGUGAUUCUUCUCUUUUCUUUCUCCCCUUCAUCCUGUGAUAGUGUUUGUUUCGAUAAAUUUUCGAUGGUACAAGUUGACUAAUGUACAAAAACGCAGGUCUACAUUCCACUAGUUGGAUAUCUAUUCUAAGCUUAUGUAGUAUAUAUUACAAUUUAAUACAUGUAUUCGGUUCAAACAACAUUUACAAGCCUACCUAUAGGAUGUGAUACUACUGUUUGGACUGGCACUUGUGAUGCCAUAACAUGAUGAAAUGAAACAUUCUAGUAAUUUUGAUCUUCAUCAGCUAAAGAAACUUUGCUUAGCCUGCUGGGCAAUGUCUUAAGAUCAUUCAUGUUCCUGACUUUUCUGGCUCUUCCUCGUCUGCUGCCUGAACCAAACACAGCUCUAUGUGCCAACGCUUUGCCUAAAAGCCGGUACUCAGCCCUGGAAGCUUUGCUGUGGUCUUGAUGCCUUGUCUCACCAUCAUCACACUCCUCGUGGUAACCGCUGGUGUUGUAGGUUUCAGAAGCUCCAUAAGUUGCUUUCUCAGCAGCCAUUAUAUUAGAAAAACACCAAAGGUGGAGGAGUAGGAUGGUGGUAUGAAGGAAAUCAAGAAGUGGAUGAACUUUUUUAUAAUGGGAAUAAAUGUUUAUAAAGAGUUAGGGGUUGAGGACAAAAGACAUAUAUGAAUGGGGACGGUUAAAUUGGGUCGUUGAUGGUGGUAUUAAAAAGGUAAAGUUGGAAGAGUUUUGAAGCAAAGUUUCAUAUAGCCGAAAGGUUACAUCUUACGCUAAUCCUAUUGCAUGCAUUUAUUAAUGUCUCUUAAGUAAUAAGGAAUAAUAUAUUACACUUAUAAAAAUGCCUUCAUCAUA